AUGUCGUUGCAAACUCAACAAGAUGUCAAUGCUCUGUUGCACAACAUGCGUGCACAGAUCUUGACAUUGAUCAUUCAACUCGCCAAGCUACAGGCAAAUCCCCCUGCAGCAACCCCCUCGGUCAAGAAGAAAUUCAAUAAGGAGGUGGAAAUCGUCGCUGACCCUGGCACUUUCGAAGGAGACAGAGCGCAAUUUGCCGAAUGGUGGAUCAAGCUCCAAAUAUGGGGACCUGUGGCGGGUCGAUACACCCAAGUUAGAUUGCAGGAGUGCUACACCACGGGAGUAUGGCCUACCUGGGACAAUCUCAAAAUAGAGAUCAAAAAAUAUUUCAAACCACAAGCUCAAGAAAAAAAGGCUGUAUUAGCCUCAGAAGCUAAGGCAAAGGAAUUUGCUAAGCGUAAAAGAGCAGCAGCCAUGUUGGCUGAUGAAGAAGAUUCUGAAGGAGACAGUCUACAUGGCAAGAAAAUAUGUCGGAAUGGUGAUGAUAAUGACUAUAACAACAAAAAUGAUAAUGAGGAUGUUGCUGAUGAUGAUAACAAUCCUGAUGAUGACAAGAAUAUGAUAGAUUAUAUUCUGGGUCAUGCAGAAAUAUCUAGUGAUAAUCAAGAUAAUUCUGUAGUACUUCCUUUAUAG